AGGCACUGGAUGUUGUUUAUAGGAAAGAGGUAGAAUAUGAGCAGGGCCGUCUACAGCAAGUCUAACUGUUGAAGAGGUUUCUUAAUCGCCAGCCUUAGAUCGAGAUCACUAUGGCAGAAGAAGAGUUUGACAUACUCACAUAUGCCGAGAUGGAGGAAGCAAGGCAGUUUUCUGGAUUACUGGACACCCCGAGCAUGUCAUGUGCCAUUGACAAACUCCAGGAUCACUUAAACCAGCUGCAUGCUUUGAAGCUGAACAUCGCCGUGACUGGGGAGUCUGGCUCUGGAAAAUCCUCCUUUGUGAAUGCUAUCCGAGGUUUGAGAGAUGACGAUGAGCAGUCUGCAAAAACAGGGGUGGUGGAGACUACCAUGAAGCCUACACCUUACUCCCACCCCAGGCACCCAAAUGUCAUCAUCUGGGACCUCCCUGGCAUCGGAACAGAGAAUUUCAAUGCUGAAGAAUACCUGGAAAAGGUUAGAUUUGACAGGUACAACUUUUUCAUUCUAAUUACAUCAGAUUGUUUUAAAAGUAGCAGCGUUGACCUAGCCAAGGCCAUUGAAGAGAGGAACAAAAAGUUCUACUUUCUUCGCACCAAGAUUGAUGAGAAUAUCCGGGCAGAGAAGAGGAAGAGAACCUUUGACCAAGACAAGGUUCUUCAUGAAAUAAGAACCGAUUGUUUAAAGGGUCUUAAAAAGUGCGGUGUGGAGUGUCCUAGGGUGUUCCUGAUUUCCAGCCAUGAGCUCGGAGAGUAUGACUUUAGUAUCCUGGUGGAUACAUUGGCAUAUGCACUGCCCAGGCAUAGAGAGCGAGACGUGUUGCUGUAUGCUCUGCCCAACAUCUGCCUGCAGAUUCACCAGAGGAAGAGAGAGAUCCUUCAAGCCCGAGUAUGGAGGACAGCCCUACUGUUUGCUGCUAAGGCCACACUUCCAGGCCUGCCACUGGUGGACAAAAACAUUCUGCUGAUUGAAAUGACAAAGUAUUAUGAGGCAUUCAGCGUAAAUGAUGAAUCUCUUGAACGUCUCUAUGAUCAGACAAAUGUGCCAGUUGAGGAGUCCAAAGCUUGUCUGAAAUCCCCUCCUAACGCCGAGAUUAGUGCUGAGGCGAUGGGAAAGAGGCUGGGUUGGGACAAUGUGGGCAAUGAGUUUCCCGUCAAGGUUCGUCCUGUGCUGGCGUCUUUGCCUGCAAUGGCAGUGGGGGCUGAAGGUGGCAAAGUGUCCACUGUGCUCAGUGUUCUUCCUGUGCUAGGCUCUGCACCGCUAGCAGCCCAGAUUUUCUACAAGGCCAAACGGGUGCUGCAGGACUGCCUGGAGGAGCUGGCAGACGAUGCCGAGAGGGUUCUGUGCAGGGCCUGGGUUCAACAACAAACGCCUGUAUAAUGGACAACAUGACCUAUUGAUAACCACGUGUACUGUGGGGAAAAAAUGUAUAGAUUCUUGCCAGCAGCUAUUGGCCACAGUUGUUUGCUGAGCUAUUUCACUAAUGUUUGUACUGUGUGUUAUAUCACAUUGCAUUUAAUGAU